AUGGCUGUAUUCUUACUAAAUAUUUGUAAAUUUAACAAGUGUGGAAUGGAAUUUGGAACUUUAAUUGAUCUCAUACAGCAUAUUGAGGAAAAUCACAUUGAUUAUGAUCCAAUAUCUAAGCCUGAUUGUCUUCCGUUAAGUUGCGUGCAAAGAUUCAUAACAGAUGCUACGCGUAAAGAAACACCACCGCAAUUUAUGGUGAGCUCAGGUUCCGUUGAAUCACUAGAUCGCACCAGUAAUGCUAGCGAAAGGGUUGUUGAAGUCAAAAGGAAAAUUGCUAUAAAACAUCACAGUUACAGUAUGUCAUCAUCAAAUCGAAGUAAUACUCCAACAGGCAGCGAAAUUGAUGAGGACGAGAUAAUGGUUUCAGAGUCGGAAGAUAGCAAUGAGUCUUGGACAACAGAAGAAUUCAGCUCUGAAUUUAUUAUGCGAUAUGGUAGUCGAAGCUCAGCGCCGAAUGGUUCGAAUGAAAAGCCAUUUGCAUGUCCUGUUCCUGGCUGUAAAAAGCGUUAUAAGAAUGUAAACGGUAUCAAAUACCACUCAAAAAACGGCCAUAAAAAGGAUGGCAAUCGAAUACGGAAAGCAUUCAAAUGUCAUUGUGGUAAAAGCUAUAAAACGUCACUUAAAUUGAGAAAUCAUACAUUAUUGAUUCACAAUGGUGGCUCAACUUCUGAUCUCUCGCUUUCAUCAUCAUCACUAUCAUCACUCAAUUCAACUCAACAAUUAUCGGACUCAGCAUCACCGCCACUCGCAGUCACAAUGAAAAAUUCAAUAAAUCUCGUAGCAAUAAAGACAUCAAAGGCAUCGAAUGGCAUCUCUUUAACGGGUAAUGUCCAAGCGAGUACGUCAAAAGGAAAUGGAAAUAAUAAGGAGGGUUUAAAGGGUGAACAUAAUAAUAAUAAUAAUAAUAUUAACAAUAGUAGCAGUAAUAAUAGUAAUAAGAUUCCAAAAUUGACGAUGAAAAAUGGAUAUGAUGGAUUAGGAAUUCUUACUCCAGCAACAUCGCCGAAAAAUCAACAACAGCAACAACAACAACAGAUUGUUUCGGAUAAUAAUAGUCACUUACUCAAUACCUCCAAUGGAAGUGUCGAUAUACCUUUAACUCCUGUGAGCCCUGCCUCAUCGCCAAGUUCGUCUACAACAAGUACGACGAGUUAUCAGCAUCAGCUCAAGAAAUCUGAUUCAUAG